AUGCACAAGAUCUCCAACUUCACCGGUCAAGCUCGCCAUGGCUGGGAACGUAUGACGCCCGCGUUCGGCAUGUCUCGCCCUCACCCUGAUAUGCACCCUGCUUCGCAGUCUAUGCGUCGUCCACACGUCGCCCCGGCCCUGACAACGCCUUCCAACGCCGAUUCCACCGUGAAUCUAUCCUUCAAUGUGCCCUUCUCGUCCUGUCUCGCCGGCCCCGAUGUCGAGGAUAUCCUGCACGCCAGCCCCGGCGCUCUGCAACGCUGGACUUUUCCUGAGGGCACCCCCGAAGGGACUCCGAUUCACAACUUGCCAGUGCACGUCAGCCAUGUUGAGGCUCUGCGAGGACUCUGUCGAACCGCCGCCGAGACGAAUAGGCGACUCGAAGCCACUGUCACCACCUCCGAGCCGAAGACCCUGCCUUCCAUGCAACGGCGACAGCAGACGUUAGUGACCAAUGUCUGUCUUUCUGGAGAUGGAGAUAUUGUUCGGCAGACGAGGGCCAAAAUUCUGAACGAGACCCCGAUUUCUCUGCGCUGCGCGAAUGUGGACGUUGACAUGCAUCUUAUCAUGGACGCGUCAACCAAGGGAAUUCGCACCAAUGUGCUCGAGCACCUGGAUACCCUAGCUCAGUACACUGGCGCCGAUAUUUUCCUUCUCAGCCCGAAGAUGGUCGAUGCCGACAGCGCCGUCGUGUCCUCUUACGGAGCCGAAAACAGCCUGGAAAAUCGCUUUCGUGUAGCUAUCUAUGGCGACAUGGAGAGUGCUGAGCAUGCCAAGACAAGGAUGCUCAUCAUGAUCGAUCAGAUUCUGAAACGCCAUGUGGAUGCCAUGAAAUUGGAACUGACCAUGCAUACCUUGGUCUGCGGCCGCACUCGUAAAAACAUCAAGCUCAUCGAAGCCGCAACCAACACCGCCAUCUAUUUCCCACCGCCUUUCCCUCGCAUUUUCGGCUACACGCCCCCGGGUGCUAACCGACGAAGCGAAGACGAAGUAUACAUCACCGGUGAAAACAUGGAAAGCAUUGCCAGGGCCAAGCAGAAGCUUCGCGAGCUCGUUAUGGUGGUGAAAAUCUACGUUAAAGACGUGGUUCUUUCCGCUAGCAAGAUUGACAAUAUCUUAUUGGAUCGGCUUGACAAAGUCCGAAAGGUCAUGGAAGCUAACGGUUCAUACGUCCUAUUCCCGCAACUUGGUAGUCAGCGUGGCCUUGUUCGCAUUCAGGGCACCGAAGCCUUGCAUGUCGAGCGAACCGUCCGGGAGAUUAUGGCAUUGGCAGGUCAAUUUUACAGUGCUUCGUGGUGGACUUCCGUCCCCGACCCAUCUCAAGGUGGUAUGCGUCCUCCCACUCCGGCCGAGAUUAGACCGAUGCUCUCCGAUAUCUGCACCAAUUCCAAUGCGGACGUGAGCUUUGAGAACAUGGGCUUCUCCAUUAAUGGAUCCGACGAUGCGGUGAAGGAUGCCAUGAAUGUCAUCUACCAGAUGCCCUUUGUCAAACGUGGCCCAUACCAGAUUCGCGUCAAAAUCGAACUCGCCAACGAGCACAAGGAAUUUGUCAGCGGCAAGAAGAAUGGCAAGAUCAACAAGAUCAUGGGUCAGAGUAACGUUCAGAUCAUCUUCGAUGGAUUCAACGAGUACAACUUUUAUAUCGAUGUUUGCGGCACCCAGUAUGAUGCUACCAAGAACGGUCUGGACUUGGUGGAGCAGGAGAUGCCGGCGUCUAUCUCUUUCCAUGUGCCUGAUCAGUAUCACAAACGUAUCAUCGGUAUUGGGGGCCAGCACAUCCAGCGCAUAAUGAAGAAGUAUUCGGUUUUCGUCAAGUUUUCCAAUGCCAUGGAUCGCGGUGGCAUCGGCAAAGAGGACGAUGACGUUAAGGUUGACAAUGUCAUCUGUCGUACCCCAGCUCGCAACGCACAGAGCUUGGAUCUUGUGAAGCAGGAGAUCAUGGACAUGGUAGAGAAAGUGGAUGCCGAAUACGUAUCCGAAACCGUUCUUAUCAACCGCCUCUACCACCGCGAACUCUUGGCUCGCAUCCGUGAGAUCGAAGAGCUCGAGAAGAAGUGGAAUUGCAAAAUCGAGUUCCCUAGUACCGAGCUCGCUAGUGAUAUUAUCACUAUCUCAGGGCCAGAGUACCAAGUUCCGCAGGCCGUUGACGCUUUCUUGGGCAUGGUUCCUGAAAAUCACGAGUUGUCUUUCCAAAGCUCGGCAGAACUGCGAGGCUUCUUCAAGUCUGCAGAAUUUGCCGAUGAUGUUCGUAGCAAGCUCAAGGACCAGUACGAAGUCGAUGCCACCAUUGAUACGGCAGCUGAACUUCCCAAGGCUGGCGACGAGUCUGCUCCAGGAACCCCGCCUCCAGAGGACCGCGUUGUACUUGGUUACACGCGGAACAAUGCUGGAGGCCUGAAGGAUGCGAUCGACUUUUUGAUCUCCCGCCUCGUCGCUCACGGGCUCGAUGCCACAACUAUCAAGGGGGCCAUUCCACGCCCCAAGUCAGACUCGUUUGAGGAGUCUUUACCUUUCUUCGACUCCAAGUUGUUGCAGCACGCUCCAGCACCUCUCGUCACGGACUCUCCUACGCGUCCCAGCUUUGGAGAUGAUGUCAGCGAUCGUGGAUCAAUCUUUGAACGGCUCCGUAAGCCCGGCAGCAUCUCGUCGUUCUCGUCAUUCAUUGGCCGCAAGAAUCACUCAGCCUCGCCGGCUUCUUUCUUCAAACACGCGUCCAGCAACGCGUCCAAAGCGUCUCUUAUUUCUAUGGAAUCCCGCGACAGCGGUUAUCGCAACCCAUGGAACGAUUCAGGUGUUAACCUCCCCGAGGAAGACCUCCAUCAUGUGGGCAGCUCCCACAGUCACAACAGUAGCACCAGCAAUGGCUGGCCAGCUCGCUUUGACAUGAAAUUUCCAUUUGGUACUGCGCCGGGUGACAUCACCCCGAAGCAUGACCUUCGCGCUUCUUUUGACUCUGGUCGUCCUAGCACUUCCAAUUCUACUUCUGGAUACCCGGCCCCGAUUGGGCCACCUCGUUGA